AUGCGUGGAGGAGCGACAACGAUCACGGAAACCUCUUCGGAUAACAAGUUUGCUUUACGACAACCGAGCAUUGAUCGCUAUGUCACCUCUUCGCUGUUUUUAAGAAACUCGCGGAUGGACUCAGUGGACUCUUACGAAUCACUCUUUCAAAUUCCUGAUGCAGGACAGAUGGGACAGAACAACUAUGAUGUUCCACGAAGUGAUGCAAUGCGCUCAUACUGUUCACCUUAUCAGGCAAAUCGAUGUGAUAUGGAAGAUCAAACAUCAAGUAUGCAUGACCUUGGGGAAGGCACUAAACUGGAAUAUUCCAUACCUGGAGCCAUGUCAAAUAUGUACUCAUCCAUGGACGGAGUCGAGAGAAACUACGGUAUUUGUGAUGCUGGUAUGUCUGCCGCAAAUGGAGCAUCAGAACAGAGUCAUACUGAUGCUGAUCCCACAACAUUCGACCAAGGCGUUGAGAAGCUUGAUACUGAGACUGAUGAGAGAUUCUUAAGCUGGCUCUAUUGUGAGAAUGAGCAUGCAGAAGAUGAUGACGCUGAGUACACUCGAGUUCUCGAAGAGAUUGAAAAGGAUGAAUGCUUUCCACAUAAAAUGGAAGGCGAAACUCAGAUGAUGGAUUUCGGUGUCCCAACGUGCUUACCUUCCACAACUCAAGCAGAAGUUGGAACUAAAGUGGAGCUUGAUCCAUCCCAUCCGCUGGCGUCCGAUUGCGUAGUGGGUGAAUAUGCAUCUCUCCCGCCAUCCAUGCCACCUCGUAAUCCCGUUCCUGAGGGCUACUCCGUUACUGAUUUCGACUCCGAUCUCGACCUUGAAAUGAUGCCAACUGGAGAAGAUGAGGAAACACUGUAUGGACGACUCUUGGAUGUUUUAGUGCGCGAUAUAAAAUUGCUGACAUAUAACAAUGCAGCGCUUGUUGAUGAAGUUUCUCGUCUAAAUUAUGCUAUACUCGUCGCAUCUGAAGAACGAAAAGUGUUGGCUCGCAGAUCUUGCCACCAUGACCGAAACCGCAUCCGUCGACUACAGACAGCCAACAAACGGAAAUCGGAUGCCCAGCGACGGCAACAGGAACAAUUAACAAUUGCAGAAACGCAAGAGAAUAUUGCUCAAAUUAAAGCUAAAAUGGCUAAAUCAAUCGUCAGCCCACAGAGGGCAAGGUCGUCUGCGUCAAGCGCAGCCACACGUCCUGCUUUAGACGUGGCGGCGAUCAAGCGCAGUGUCGAGGCGGAGCAACGCGCACUGGAGGAAAAGAUGCCAUCGAAGAAACCGAAACGGAGAGCUGGAAGCUCGAGGAUACCGCGCAAGCGACCAGAGCCUAUACGCUCAGAGAAAGAUUCGUUAAGUACUCAGAACUCCAAUGUGGCUAAGCGAGGAAGACUUGAAGCAGAUGAAGUGCGUAUCCCACAGGAAUUUGUGGCUCCAGUUGAAAACGCUUCUUCGACGCCAUUAUUUGAGUCUGCCUCUUCAGUUCGUAAAUGUUCACGGGGUUAUGUAAGUGGUGCGGAAGGCGUGGAUGAACAGAACCGACGACGGCGCAGUAGCAGGCAGUUGAUUCAUGGAGCUGAUGGCGAAGAUAAUGACGAAAGUACAGCUUUAAUGACUAGCAGUGUUGCCGGGCGCGAUGAUGUGACAGCAGAAGACCCUUCUGGUGAAACGCGCAACGUCCCAGCGACAGGCGAUGAAAUUGAGCAGUCAUUGGAAGAAAGGGACGACGAGUCACAAUCAUGGCGUCGCCGAUCUGGUCGACCUCCCGCUCGAGCGGCUAGUGCAGCUGCACAAACCUUAUUAGCCGCAGAACUUGCAACCACUGAAGAAGUCCCGACGUGUUCUCCUAAAAGAGGGAUUAGAUCGCGUUCAAACACAAGCGAUACCUCUUCAUCUCGUCCAGUAAAGCGACGUGGUGCAGUUCAGUCUGAUUCUGCAGAGCGACUUCAAUCAGAGGGGCCAUCUCCCAUGAGUGAACUUACAGUAGAGAUCAUGGACGAUUCUUUAGCGUUGCAUGACUCGCCACUGGAAGGAGAUCUUGAGUUGGAGCCUCGGGAUGAAACAGCUGAUGACGACGUGUUGCCAAUCGGUGAACUCACGGAUUCUGAAAGUAAUCCUUCGAAAAUACCUCAGCGUUUACGCCCUGGCAGACGAUCCGCUAGAAGUUCCAGCCGUCAGAGUGGUGGUGACGCAGUAGACGGUCCCGAUACUGUUUGUCAGACAUCCGCCUCACCGUCCCAUCAAGAGACUGAAGAGAAAUCAGAGGAGCCGAUAGCGCGAACCACGAGGUCACACGGUCGUGUAGGUGUUUCGUCCACGCCUCAAACAGAACGGCAAAUGCGAGAGCGUAAGCAGCCGUCUAUGUACUCUCCAGUUGCAAGAAGCACUUCUAUGGUGCAGCCCCGUACCGUCAGGAGGAAGUCUUGA